AUGGAGAAAAGCAACGAGUCAGGCCCGGAUCCGGCGGCUGUUGAAACUCAAUCCUCCAGCUCCACCAAGUCGAAGUCAGUCUUAGACCGGCUCAAUGCGAGAAUCAGCGCAAUUAGGUUUCUCGAAACCCGUGGCAUCGAGCGAGUAGCCGAGUCAGACCGACACGAUGUAAACGCAGCCGACUACAUGCAGAUGACGUUGCUAUGGUUUAGCACUAACAUCACCGCGAACAACAUCGCGCUUGGCAUGCUCGGCCCUAUCUCGUAUGGGCUGAGCUUCGUCGAUGCUGCGCUGUGUGCCACGUUUGGCUCGCUUUUGGGCGCUGCCGGCGCUGCGUAUAUGGGCACAUGGGGCCCGGUUAGUGGAAACCGAACCAUGGUCAUCGCAAGGUACUUCAUGGGCUACUGGCCCAGCAAGGUCUGCGCCCUGCUCAACAUCGUCAUCAUGCUGGGCUAUGGAAUGAUCGACUGUCUCGUUGGCGGCCAGAUCCUGUCCGCAGUGGCCGGCGGAAACAUGAGCGUCGUGGUCGGCACUAUCAUUGUGGCGAUCAUCACCUGGGUGGUUGUGGUGUUUGGCAUGUCACUCUUCCACAUCUACGAGCGCUGGGCGUGGAUCCCCCAGAUGUUCGCCCUGUUGGUGCUCGUGGGAUGCGCCGGUCCCAAGUUCGACACGCUCAUCUCGUCGACUGGUGACUCGCGCACUGUAACUGGGAACCGGCUAUCGUUUUUCUCGCUGUGUCUCUCCGGCGCUGUCGCCUGGGCUCCGGCCGGCGCGGACUAUUACGUGUACUAUCCACCCAGCACGAAGAAAUGGAAGACCUUCAUCAUGACCUUUUUGGGGAUUGGACUUGCCCUGGUAUUUGCUACGCUUCUCGGCGUCGGCCUCGCAUCCGGCACUUUUACGAAUCCUGACUGGGCUGCCGCCAACGAAGUCUCGUCCGGCGCGUUGAUCUUUCAAGGGUACAACGGCCUCGGCGGCUUUGGCAAGUUUCUCUGCGUGCUGGUCUCGCUGGGCCCGAUCGCGAACAAUAUCCCCGGCACAUACUCUGCCUCACUCGGUUUCCAGGUGCUUGGUCGCUACGGAGCCCGUGUGCCACGCUGGUUUUGGUCGUGUGUCAGCGUCGUCAUUUAUACUGCCUGUGCGCUGGGCGGGCGAGACCAUCUGUUCGAAAUUUUCGAGAACUUUCUCGCCUUGAUGGGAUACUGGGUGACAAUCUUCCUGACCAUUGCGGUCGAAGAACACCUCUUGUUUCGGCGCCGUGGCCGCGGAUUCGACUGGACGGCCUGGUCUGACCCCGGAAAACUGCCACUGGGACUCGCCGCGUUCAGUGCGUUUGUCAUUGGCUGGAUCGGCAGCAUUAUGUGCAUGUAUCAGAUCUACUAUGUUGGGCCGAUUGCCAAACUCGUCAGUGACGAGGGAGCCGACUUGGGCAUCUGGGUGGGAUGCUCGUGGGCGAUGCUUGUCUUUCCGCCGCUGAGAUGGCUGGAAUUGAAGCAAUUUGGCCGUUAG